UCUGAAUCCCAUAAUUUUAUUUCGGUAAUCGCCAAUCAAAUAUAGUGUUUAUCAACGAAGUUAUAAUUGUUCAACACUGACUAACAAUGGAACGUCGAAUAAAAUUGAAAACUCUGAACAAACACAUUACUUGCGAGAUCUGCAGUGGUUAUUUUAUCGAUGCAACAACUGUCACGGAGUGUCUUCAUACGUUUUGCAAAAGUUGCCUUGUGAAACAUUUGGAGGAAAACAACACAUGUCCUACUUGUAAUAAUGUUAUCCAUCAAUCACAUCCCUUACAAUACAUCAGCUUUGACCGUACGAUGCAGGAUAUAGUGUAUAAAUUGGUACCAAACUUAAUGGAAGAUGAAAUGCAAAGAGAGCGUGAAUUUUACAAGUCUCGCAACUUGGCCUGUCCCAAGGAUAUGCCACAGUUACAGCAGGAUAACGAUGAUAAGGCAAAUGAAUUGGCACACCAGGAAGCUGAUUAUCACCGACUUGACGAGCAGGUCAACUUAUGUCUGGAGUGCAUAAGCAAUAAUUUGCGACAUCUGAAGCGGCGAAUCAUUCGCUGCAGUUCUCAAGCAACUAUUACUCACCUCAAAAAAUUUAUUGCGAAAAAAGUACUAAACGGCAUUGAACGUUAUAAAGAUAUCGAUGUUUUGUGCAACGAUGAAUUAUUAGGUAAGGAUCACACUUUAAAAUUCGUAUACGUUACGAGAUGGCGCUUCAAGGAUCCUCCACUGCGAUUACAAUAUCGUCCUAGAGUAGAUAUUUAAGAUGCGAUUUUAGAAAAUCGGACACUGUUUAUAAACUAUAUUUACAA